AUGGCUGUCGAUAUAGAUACGAUCGUCGGCUACGUAGGGGUUGGUGGAUCGACCUGCCCCGAGGACAGCGUGGCUCUGGAGGAAGGAGGAUGCAAGUGUAUGUCGGUCUGUCCACCCAACAAGUGUCGACCUGGUCAACGGCCCGUUGAGAUCAGGCCGGCCAUCCCCGACACCCCCGGAAGCUGCUGUCCCCUCUACAACUGCACUUCCCUAGAUCCCAUAUCCUGGGCGGAUAUUGAGGAGGACCGUGGGACCGGCACGUGCAUAGACAAUCUGGGACUUCCGAGGUCUGCGGAAGAAGUUUGGCAGGAUGGUCCCUGCGUAAAUUGCGUCUGCGAGGAUGGCAAUGUCUCCUGUCAAGCGACUAUGUGCAAAAGCUGCGAAAACCCCGAACCGAUACUUCCUGGCGAGUGUUGUCCUCGUUGUCCGUAUCCACAUAACGAGACAGCGGUCUCAAGGCGAUGUCCUUCCAUGAGAGGCUGCGAGAAACGCUGCGACAUCGGCUACAUCAGGGAUGAAAACGACUGUCCUACUUGUAACUGCGUGAAGAAGACCUCGGAUUCUUCCAACGAAGGCAAGAUCUGUCCUGAUCUGCCACAUUGUGGGCUGAACUGCGGCCUCGUCAACGACGAGGGAGGAUGUCCCGUUUGCGCCUGUCAGGACUCCACUCCCAAGGACGUCGUCUCUAUCACCGAACAAGACAGAGACCAAAUGGUGUGUCCGAAGCUGAAAUGCGAUCUCCACUGCGAGCGGGGACUUCUCAUGGACGAAAACGAUUGCACUUUGUGCGAGUGUAAGCCCCACCAAGGAUGCGCGCCGCUCAACAAUUGCAGGAAGAAGUGCACCUACGGUUACAAGACCAACAAACGCGGAUGUCGGAUAUGCCGUUGUCGUGCAGCUUGCAUCGAUCAUCUAAAUCAGACGCAUCUGGAAGGCACGUCCUGGAAGCCGAAUUUCUGCACCACUUGCAGCUGCGACUCGAUUGGCAGGCUCAGCUGCAAGGAGACCGUCUGUUCUCUGGCAUGCACUGAUCCUUUGCCACCCAAGGAGGGAACUUGCUGCCCAACAUGCCCAAUAGUGGUACCCGGGGAAUCCGAUGGGGCUCAUCAGAGUUCGAGAGGCUGGGGAACGGUGCCGAUCACGGUGAUCGCCGUCCUGGCGCUUCUCUGUGCCCUCCUGAUCGUGCACAUCGUCCGAAAUCGAUUCCGUGGUCGUUUGUCUCCAUCGGAAGCAACGUAUGCCUCGUACCCGCCGCAGUACUACAAAUACGUCCCGGCGUACGAAACCUCGGUGCACCAGCACGAAAAAAUUGUACCUUUAUAAGAGACCUGGGCACCAUCCGCGACGGACCUUCGCCUCGUUCAAGCCGAGGGAGAUCGCUGCCUCGUAUAAAGCACCAAUAAGGCUACCGAGUUUAGAUCGAACCAGCCUCGAUUACCUUUGGAGGAAGCGCUCGGUCCAACUCCCACGAUAAGACAUAUCCUCGAAUCCUCAUAUCUCGCCCGAUGGGAAGAGGCCUGAUGCCUCCAACUGAAACGAGUCCAACUCCGCUCGACGAGAUAUUUUCCCAACUGCCACCUCGUUAACAUCAAGACGCGUUAAUCAAAUAUCCUUAAAAGCAUGAUUAUCUCCAAGAAAUUAGAUAUACCAUCCAAAAGUGUACAGAUUAAGAAGAUGUGAAAUACAAAAGGUCAAUCGUUCAUGAAACAUUUCUACAAACUGAGUGAACCGUAAUCGUUUGAAACCUUCAACAUGAACGUGGAGGUCUCAAAGUAGGCCCUGAAACUCAUAAAAUUUCAUUUUGACAAAUAAUUUCAAAAACAUCUAUAAAGAAAUUUAAAAAAAAUUGAAAUUUUAUGGAUGUUAGGACCUUCUUUAUAGCUUCCAUAUCCACAUUGUCAAGGUUGAAACGAUACGGAACACUUGGUUCGGUGAAAAGUUUCAUAAACGAGACCUCAUUGCGCCACUUUCGUCACCUUAAGGUACCUACCAAUGAUUGCCUGUACGCAUAGAUUGGAAAGAUAUCCAACACAUUUGUGGUUGUUUUAUUUUAUAUUUUCUGUUUUACUCCACUCUUGGGUGUGUCGUGAGAGAUAAGUGUAUUUCAUAGAUUUCGGAGGUGGAUCCCUCGGAAUUGCAGUUUGGGAUUGAAUCUUGCCCUCCAGGGUGUUUUCCCUCUUGUCGGGCUUUCGAGCGGAGCUGGAGAUACGGACACGACCGGAAAUAGCGAACCCAAUGCAUUGUGCACCGAACAGGCGCCAUAAAGUUGCCCAGUGUCCGUGCAUCACUCGCCCUUUCGAAAAGUUGAUCAUGGUAUCAUCUGUAACGAGGACGAUCGAUCGAACGAAGCUUCGGCGAUGAUCGGGAGUGCGCGCGCAUCACCGACGACCAGCAAGAUACGACAAUGAUGCAGGCAGUGACACUUCGGUCCGACAUGUCGGAUUUGUGAUCCCGCUAAUGAAGUAACCUUAACGUAGGUCCAGUAUUAUGCGUAAGAUGCGAAUACGAUGCCGUUGUCCGUUAAUCUGCCAGAACCCAUCCAGAAAAAGUCUGACAGGACGAAUCCGUGUUUUUACCAUUAAAUCGAAUGCACGUACAAAAUGGAAUGCUUAAAAAUUACAUCAAUAUCAUUUAAUUUGAGUCAAUGUCUUUAUUUUUUAUCAACUUCCCUAGUAGCAUAGAAUAAUUUCUAAAUAUUUCUUUGUAAUCUUUGCUGAAUGUUU